AUGUGUGGCAUCCAUGCGGCCAUCUCGAAGCGAUGCUACCAAGCCCCGAGUGAUGACCUGAAGAAUUUGCUCUGCAACCGAGGACCCGACCACCUGGGACAGGAACGCGUACAGAUCGAUGCCAGUGCCGGUGAAGUUGACGGAACAUCGUUCUGGAUAGUCCUCACAUCUACCGUUCUGGCAUUGAGAGGUGGACACAUCACAGCUCAACCAUUCCUCGACGUGUCAAGUGGUUCGACCUUGUGCUGGAACGGCGAAGCAUGGAAGAUCGGGUCUAACCCAGUCACAGGUAACGAUGGUCAGGCUGUAUUUGAUGUACUCAUUCAAGCAAGCUCUGCUGAUUCAAGUACAUCAAAGUCUACCAUCGAGAUUCUGAAAGUCUUAAAGAGCAUCUCAGGGCCUUUCGCUUUCGUGUUCUUUGACAAGAACCAUGGCCAGGUAUACUUCGGCCGAGACCGCCUCGGAAGACGUUCUCUGCUUUUCAGUAGUAAUGAAGUGCUGGACACCUUCCAAUUGUCCAGCAUUGGGGAUGAAGCUGGCUCGUGGCGAGAAGUCGAAGCCGACGCGGUCUAUCAGCUUUCUCUUGAUAGCAGAGCAUUUCACAUGCAUGCCCAUGAACAAGUUGCGGAUUUGGGAACAGCCAUCGCGCCAGUCCAUAAACAUCACUGGGACACAGCUGGCCUUGAAUCCGGUAUAUCAUUAGGUAAAUUCAACAAAGAAGUGCCCACGGAGAAUUAUGCCCUGGACAAGCAAACAGAAUCGGUAGGACUAUUGCGUCAACACUUGAGUGAGUCUCUCAACCUCAGGGUUCUGAAUAUCCCUUUACCUCCAAUCCCUGAUAACGGGCCCCGUGUUCGGAUGGCUGUUCUUUUCUCUGGCGGACUUGAUUGUACUGUCCUCGCGCGCAUGGCGCAUGACAUUCUUCCAGCAGACCAGCAGAUUGAUCUGCUCAACGUUGCCUUUGAAAAUCCAAGAGUCGUACGUGCUGCGAAGAACGGACCAAAGCAGAAAAAACAGAAGCCAGGCAAGGGUCCUGGCCAAGAAAGCGAAAAUUUUGGAGAGGACCUUGCCACAGAAGGUCGGAGUCAUCAAAGCUCCAUCUACGAAAGCUGUCCAGAUAGGGAAACAGGUAGGAAGGCUUUCCGAGAGCUCCAAAAAGUUUGCCGUGACAGAUUCUGGCGAUUCGUUGCGGUCGACGUCCCCUACACAGAGACUAUAGCAAGCAGAACCAAAGUCAUCAGUCUGAUUUCUCCUCACAACACAGAGAUGGAUCUUUCCAUAGCGUAUGCUCUGUACUUUGCAGCACGCGGAGUUGGGACAGCUACAUCGAGUCUAGACUCUACACCCACACCUUACGCAACACCCGCUCGUGUUCUACUUUCCGGGCUCGGCGCUGACGAACUUUUCGGAGGAUACACCCGUCACACAACAGCCUUCAGCAGAAACGGGUUCCCGGGACUUCUCGAUGAGCUAAAGCUAGAUGUUGACAGACUCGGGAAGCGGAACCUCGGCCGCGAUGACCGCGUAAUCUCACACUGGGGUCGCGAGGCUCGGUUCCCCUACCUAGACGAGAACCUUGUCAAAUGGGCAGUCGAGUGUCCCAUCUGGCAAAAGUGUGGAUUCCGGCCGCUUGCUUCCGAUAAGAAGCAAGAUCCAGAUAUCGAGCCAGGGAAGAAAAUUCUGCGCUUGCUCGCAUACGAACUUGGACUCCAUUCAGUGGCGAUGGAGAAGAAGCGAGCUAUCCAAUUUGGCGCUCGCACAGCAAAAAUGGAAAUCGGGAGAACCAAGGGCACCACGCUGAUAUCCUGA